AUGUCGAGAUCACGAAUGCCCCUCAUCCUCGGUCUCGGCGCCGCUGGUGGCAUCGGCUACUAUCUCUACAGUGCCGGCGGCAACGCAAAGGCCGCCGAGAACAAGUUUGAGAGCGACGUCCACCGAGCCUCGGCCAACAUCAAGUCGCAACUCCCUGGCAGCUCCCCCAACGCUGAGAAGGAGCUCAAGGGCUACGGCGCCGAAGCUGGCUCAAAGCUCGACAAGGCUUGGUCCGAGGCGGAUAAGCAAGCAUCGAGGCUCAAGAGCAACACCGAGGCCUAUGCCAAGGAUGCCAAGGCAGAGGCCAUGAAGGCCGUCGACAAGUUUGACCAAAAGGUCGAGGACGGCACCGCCAAAGCCAAGGGUGGCAUCUCGAGCUGGUUCGGCGGCAACAAGUAG